CUGAACCUUUUUGAAGCAAUGGCAAGAACUAAGCAGACCGCUCGUAAGUCCACCGGAGGCAAAGCUCCGAGGAAGCAGCUGGCCACUAAAGCGGCCCGUAAGAGCGCACCCGCUACCGGUGGCGUUAAGAAGCCUCACCGUUACAGGCCCGGUACCGUGGCGUUGAGAGAGAUUCGCCGUUACCAGAAAUCCACUGAACUGCUGAUCCGCAAACUGCCCUUCCAGCGUCUGGUGAGAGAAAUCGCUCAAGAUUUCAAGACAGAUCUGCGUUUCCAGAGCUCGGCUGUUAUGGCCCUGCAGGAGGCGAGCGAGGCUUAUUUGGUGGGUCUGUUUGAGGACACCAACCUGUGCGCAAUCCACGCCAAGAGGGUCACCAUCAUGCCCAAAGACAUCCAGCUGGCCCGCCGCAUCCGCGGAGAGCGCGCUUAAAUCCACCGCAGAAGCACAAACCCAAAGGCUCUUUUAAGAGCCACCUCAAUAACUAUGAGAGAUGAUUUUCAUAUUAUUAUUAAUAUUGUUUUUUAAAAGUGUU